AUGGUUGCAAAUGCAAAGGACUGUCGAAUUGUUUGGCUAAAGUCGAUUGUUUGUCUAAUUCCAAUGUUCAUCAAACCAGACGGUGGUGGUUUUCCAGUGAAAGAGGGCUCGAUCUCUAGUGGUCCUACUCCCAUCGUCGUUCCGCCUGAGCAUGCUGCAUGGACGUUGGUUUUGUGUUUCGAUGGGACAGAUGACCAGCUCGAUGCGGAUAACUCGAGUGUCAUUGAAUUCUUCAGCAUGCUCACAAAAGACAACCCAGACAGACAGAUGGUGUACUACCAGGCUGGUAUAGGCACAUAUACGCCCCUGCAAAUUGCUACACCCCUGUUCGCAAAGUUCUCCAAGACUCUGGAUGAAGCUAUCGCGUGGAACCUUGACGCUCACAUCAUGGGCGGAUACGAGUUCUUGAUGCAAAACUAUAAAGCAGGUGACAGGAUCUGCAUCUUCGGCUUUUCCCGCAGCGCAUAUACUGCACGUUGCCUCGCCAGAAUGAUCCACAAAAUUGGGCUCCUACCAGUAUGCAACCACCAGCAAGUCCCAUUCGCAUACAAAAUGUACACGCACCCUGACAAGUUGGGUUGGAACCAAUCAAAUGCCUUCAAGAGGGCUUUUUCGAUCGACGUUGGUAUUGAGUUUGUUGGGGUUUGGGACACAGUCAACUCAGUAGGCCUAAUCCUGCGCUGCCUCCCAUCCACAACCUCAAACACCAUCAUCUCAAAUCUGUGGAACAGGCCUAAUGACAAUGAAAAGACGAUUAGUGUGACUGAUCAGCAUGUUGAGCUGAUUAAACAAAAGGCUGGGCUGCAUCCUAGUGAAUCUAGGUUGCAUGCACUUGAGAGGCAGUAUGGUGUUGAGAGGUUGAAGGUGAUGAAUAUUGAUGAGAUGGUGUUGUGUCUGCCAUUGGUUUGGUUUGCUGGAUAUCAUUGUGAUGUGGGUGGCGGUUCUGUCGCAAACGGUGCCAAACCUGUCCUAGCACGCAUCCCCCUCUGGUGGAUGAUCCGCAAAACCUUCAAACGCAAAACAGGAAUAAUGUUCCACACCGACAGACUCAAACUCAUCGGGCUCUCCCCCUUCUCACUCUACCCCCUCGUUUACCACACCCACCAGCCCUACCUGUCCCUGCGACACUCUCCCUCCUCCCCAUCCCCAAAACCCCUGGAGGAACCCAUAUACGACGCCGCUAAAUCCUUCCCCACCGAGUCGGAGGAAGAGCUCGACCUGCACAAUGCCCUGGCGCCUAUAUACGACCAGCUUUCGUUGAGUUGGUGGUGGUGGAUAUUGGAGGUUAUUCCGUUGAUGCAGAGGAGGCAGCGGAGCGAUGAUGUUUGGGUUACAUGGUUUGCAUGGAAUUGGGGAUGGGGGAGGGUUAUUCCGGGGCAGGGAAAGAAGGGGGUUAGGUUUCAUAGGAGUGUUAAGGCUAGGAUGGACGCACAGGGGGGGUAUAGCCCGAAGGUGAAUUUGGAUUUGGGGAGGGUUACUUGGGUUGAUUGA